AUUCUUACGUCGUAGUUGCAUGGCGAACUUCCUGGCAAGCAAUCUGGUUUUCGCACUCAUAGGGAUAAUCUCAGAGGUGGUUACAAUAUUACGAGUAUACGCCGUGACAGGUGGCGACCGACGACCCGUUAUACUUUUCACGUUGGUAACGGUAUUCAACGCGGGUUUCAGUUUCUACUCGUGUACGCUGCCUCCUGAUUGGGACAUAUUCUUGAUGGACUUACGACAAAUUCAUGAGAAGACUUCGGCCAAACAUUACAUUCUGUAAUUGUAUUGGCGAGGACAGCCAUAUGCCUUCAGUCCUACCCUUCAAGUUCAGCGCAAAAUAUUGCUAUAAAGUUGAACAUAGUCAAUGCCGUCUGUAUUAUGGUUGCCAGCAUCAUGACGCUCGCAAUUCUCUGGCGCAAGCUAUAUGUUCACCACAGACCAGCCACCGUGGACGUCCUGUCUACGAGAAAUCCAUCGCUUGCAGCUCUGUUGCUGAGAGAUGCAUAACAUUUAGAGCACUACUACUGUUGAACUUAUUACAGACCAUAUUGGGAUUCGUGAACCUGAGCGCUGGAUAUGUCAUCGUCGGUCUGCAAGCCUCACUCGGUCCCAUCCUGAUUUCUCGUGUUCUCCUCAACGUCCGAGCCGCAGCACGGUCCACACGCGGAGAACAGUCCCCAACGCCCUCUUUCGUCCGGUCACAGCAUGGACUCCAGACACAAGCGGACGUCGAAAACAUGUCGUUCGAAUUGAACGUCCUCAGCAGUACCGAACAAGCCCCGGAGACCGAUCGCGCUCACCUGCAAGACUUUGUUGAGCAUGAUCAAAUUGUUGCUGAACCGCGAAGCAUGGCGAACAACGUUGUUAGUACUGCCGGCGAUGCUCAACAGGACGUGAACGAGGAAGAGGGAAUGGACGAUGUCGAGGAAGAGAUGUGGUCGGAUUGGGAGGACGACGAGUAAGGGAAGAGAAUGGAUGUCUGAGCCAUGCUAUCUUCAAUGCACAAUUUCUCUUGCGUUUUCUUUUGUCUUUUCUC